CCUUCGUCGUUUGUAAACCUUAAUCGCAGCCGUCUUCCGCUAUCGCCGCCGUUUGGCCAAUGACAUGAUGGCAUUCCCCGUAUUCCCAGCCCCAACCCCCCAGAGUUCUUGGGCAUCAUGGCUCCGCAUUGAUCAUGGCUAACAUUCCGUAUCCGGCGCAUGCCAGCCCGCAUCGGCCGGAUCUAAGCACACAAGGCGCUUGGCUUAUACACGGCAAUGGCCGAAUGCAGGUCAGUAGCCCUCCGCCGUUUUGGUGCAAAAGCUUCCAAAGUACAAAGGCUCCUCACCUCUCCAUCCCCUCCCUUUCCCAAACUUCUCCUUCUCUUUUACCUAUUCUUAGAUACAGCCUCAGCACAUACCUUGCCAUCUUUCAUCCAGUCCCUCACGUCCCAUCAACGUUCGCUACAGUCAAUAUGCGCUUCACUCAACUCGCUUCCAUCGCCGCUCUGGCCUCCACCUCUGCUGCUCAGGUCGUCGUUAUCGGCGGUGAGGGUGGUCUCUGUCUCGACCUUGACUCUCCCGGCUGCGGUCAGGGUGGCAAGCCCAGCUCGGACGGCCAUAUUGGCGGCAGCAAGACCAGCUCGGCUCCCGCUAGCUCUGCUAAGCCCUCUAGCUCCGACGGUUGGGGUCACUCCAGCGCUAAGCCCAGUUCUUCUGCUCCCGUCAGCCACACCACGGUCAUUACCACUGCUUACACCACCUACUGCCCUGGUCCCACCACCAUCUCCAUGAACAACCACACCUACACUGCUACCGGCCCCACCACUCUUACCAUUACCAACUGCCCCUGCACCUUCACUCACCCCGGACCUCCUCCUGUCAAGACCAACCCCCCUGUGCCCACUGUCCCUGUCGUCCCUCCUGCCGUCGUUCCCACUGCUGGUGCCGAAAAGAUCGGUGCUGGUAUUGGCGCCCUCGUCGUCGCUGGCGUCGCUGCUCUCGCUCUGUAAACUACUGGUCACUUAAAUAGCCCUUGAUGGGCUUUGGUGCAGGCGCUCUUUCACAAAAUUUGCUUUUUGUUGGUUGGUAAUACCCCGUUUCACGCUCCUUAGCAGGUUCUCUGGAUAUGCGAGCCUGUCAAUUCUUUUGUGAAGUGCAGGCUGCUUUAGUUAGACUUUCUACCUCACGGUUGUAGUUUUGGCACAUAUUGCUACGUGGGUAAUAGGAGUCUUUUCGAAGGCUGUAAUAAAAUUGGUUAAUAAUAAAAAAAAGUUG